CAGGAUUACGGACGGUCCGGUGUUAAACUAGGUGUCAAUUAGCGGAAGACUUUCACCGGUGAGCAGCCAAGCUACAGCGUAAGAGUUGUUCAGAAGAUUAAGAUGGAGUGGCGUCAGCAGACCAGUGUGAGCAGUGCAGACGCAUUCAACGAGGCCAAACGCUGGAUUGAGGAAGUGACUGGAAAGUCGUUUGGAUGCAGUGACUUCCGUGCCGCAUUAGAGAACGGAGUCCUGCUUUGCGACCUAAUUAAUCAGUUGAAACCCGGAAUAAUCAAGAGGGUGAACAGGCUGUCUACUCCAAUUGCUGGUCUGGAUAAUGUGAAUGUUUUCCUGAAAGCCUGCGAGAAACUGGGACUAAAUGAAUCCCAGCUGUUUCAUCCAGGUGACCUGCAGGACAUCUCUACUCGUGUGACACUCAGGCGUGACGAAGGCAACAGACGACUCAAAAAUGUUCUGAUAACAGUUUACUGGUUGGGUCGCAAGGCUCACCUGGACACAUUGUACAAUGGCCCUCAGCUUAAUUUGAAGGCUUUUGAGGGCCUGUUGGGGCUGGCCUUGUCCAAGGCUCUAGAUGAGGGUGGUGUACCUGUGAAAGACAGCAGCGAUAGUUUGUGCCAAAAUCCAGAAGAGGAAUGUCAGUACAAGAAUUACUGGCGAGGCAACUCUGCAGACAGCAUUGACUCCUUUAACUCCCGGGCCCUGCACCCAAAUGUUGAAGGUUUUGGAGGCGACGCAGAAGCUGAGCAGGUAUUCAAGAUGGAAAACAAGCAGGUGACAGCUCAUCAAAACAAAGGCUAUGUCCCACCACUCAGACGAAAACAAGGACCAGAGGAGAAUGGAAGUGGCUUCGCGAGUCCAUUUACCAGAGCCAGUCAAACCCAGGUCAAGCCUGAGAGACCAGUUCAGGUCAAUCCUGGCUGGAUUUGGAGCAAAUCUCUCAGUGACAUCCCGAUGGUGUACCCUGUGCGAAAGGCUCCUGAUGCAAACACUACUCAUGAUGAAAGUCAGGACACCGGAUUGACGAGACUGUGGAAUCAAGACAACAGAAGGAAGUGUAGCGUUGCUGCCAAGGAUGCCGAAGCUCAGUGGCAGGAUGACUUGAAAAAGUGGAAGACCCGUCGUAGGAGCUCAAAGUCUGAACUUCGAACUAAAUCACAAGACAGAGAGCAUGUAAUGGAUAAGAUGAUCAAUGGGUCUGUGACAACUAUUGAGAAGAAUGAAGCAAAACUAAAAUACCAGCAGUCACCUUGGACCAGGAACACAGCGCCUCGUCCUUACUCAACAACUUCUCCAUCAAAAUCAAGCUCUGAUCUCCGGCCACAUACUCGAGCUCUGCUGGCCCGCAGCUAUGCCACCGAGGCACCUUUCAGCCCCAAGGUUCCUCUUAGCUCCCAGAGCUCAACCCACGCUCAAGGUGGAGCAGUGGUUGUCCCUGAUGGAAAAGUCUUGGGAGAGGAGAUCCACUCUGCCUCCACGGCUUUAGAUGAAGCAAGAGUUGGCAUGCCUUCUCUAGGUUUUCCUGUGAUCUCUCAAACCCAAGUGAAAUCCCAGAGCAGCACAGCUCCUUUCCAGUCCACCUGUGAACUUUCCCAGCCACAAAAUGGCCUUACAAAACAAAUCUCCACUCAUUUUACAGCGUUACAGCUGAACGAGACCGCAAAUUCUAAAAGCAACAAAAGUCCCACUUUAUCCAUGUCUAGUGAACGGAAAGCAUUUUUUUAUGUUGAUCCGGAGCUUAAAACUGCUGAUGAGGAUUUAUCGCAUCAGAACGACAACUCUCAGGAAGACGGACAGAAGUCCACUUGGGAAGCAGCAGCAGAGCAAAGCACGGCCCCACAGACUCAAGGCGUCUACAAGUUCUUGCCCAGAACUGUUUCCUGGUCUGGCUCAGCCAGCCUUCCCCGUGGUUACCGUCGGUCUGAGGGCUCAUCCCGUCUCUCUUCUGCUAUCACAGCCAGACCCUUUGGGACCAAGCAGUCCAGAGUGUCAUCACUGCCCAGAAUGUACAAUGUAGAUGACAAUCAGGGUGUGCUGUUGAACAGUGAGAGAGAGGAUUCUCCAUCUUCACCAUCUCUGAAAAGACAGACUGCGACCGCCCAGCUGAGCGGUCAGUAUCAGACCAACCAGGGGACGCAGACUGGUGCAGGACAGGAAGAGCAAGUGACUAGCUCCAAUCGUUCCAGCCAGACCUCCUUUCAGAGCAGUGGCUAUUACUAUCGACCCUCCAUUCAAAGCCAGAUACUGCCUCAACCUUAUUCAAAUCUGCAGUCUCGUCAAAAUAGAGGCUUGACCUUCUCAGCUGAUGGAAGCACAGAUCUUCCAAAGGUGGAUCACAGUGACAUGAGAGUGAGCCUUACUCUUAAACCCAACAGUCUAGCUGACUUUGGUUUCCAUACUCACUGGGACUUGACGGGGGCGAGAGUUAAGCUCAUUCAGCCCGGCAGUCCAGCCGAGCUCUGCCAGCUGCGUGUCGACGACGAGAUCGUGGCCGUCAAUGGAGCUGCGGUGGCACACAUGAACUACGACCAGUGGAAGGAUAAAAUGGCAUCUGCCCUGCAAACCGGCAGUUUGACCAUGGACAUUCGGCGCUAUGGCAACAAGGAUUGGAGCACUGGCGAGGGGACUCAUCACAGCCAGCCAGGCCAGAGCAGGGUGACCCUCAAUCUGACUGCUGCUUCUUCGCCUGUCCUGAUAGGGUGCCCUGAUCACCAUGCCAACAGUGCUGCCUUUCCAGACACACAAGUCACACAAGGGUUCAAAAGCAAUGGGCACACAGACAACGUGAUGCAGGGUAAAGUCAUGGGUGGAGAACUUUGUGAGACACAUAGGACAGCCAGAAAUAAAGAUUGUAGUACUAUUAUUAGAAAAAAUCAGAAAAGGAGGGCAGAAUUUUUCAGGCAGCAAGGAGGGUCAGAAUCUGCGAUAUCUGAUCUCCAGGUGCCAUCGCUCAGCCCCCCCUCAUCCAGCUGGUCUUGGGACCUUGAGGAGGAUCGCAGGCGACAGGAGAAGUGGCAGGAAGAACAGGAGCGCCUCCUACAGGAGAAAUAUCAGCGGGACCAGGAGAGGCUGGAGGCAGAGUGGCGGAGAGACCAACAGGAUGUAAUAGACCCCAAGAAGUCAGGGAGCCAGAAAACCUUUGAGGUGACCCCUGGUGAUGUGGGCCUCACCAGGACCCAGCAGCAAGAGAAUGCAAUGCCGAAGAAAACCAGAGAAGAAGAGCAGAGCACUGAUGGAGAAAAGCUGAAAGAGUUGUUGGGGCCAAAACGGCAAAGUAAUGCACACGAAGUGCAGAAUGAGAUGGUUGCUCAACAAGACUGGACAAAGUCCUUGUCUUCCCCAGUAUUAGCUGGGCCUCACAAGUAUUCUAGAGGGGAUCAGAGUAAAAGAAAAGGACUGUCUGUGUCCAAGGCUGAGAAAGAAAGGCAGCAGAUUUUAGAGGAGAUGAAGAAAAGGACUCAGCUUCUGACUGACAACAGCUGGAUACGUCAGCGCAGCAGCAGCUUUUACAAGGAUCCCAUGAUUGUUGGGCUUCCUCUGAAAAGAUAUGACUCUCUGGAUAAUCUUGAUAAUUUGCGUCAGCCCCAAUCCUCAAUCUAUAGUUACCCUCGACCACACUCGGCUGCUGCAGGUUACGUUACACCGAGUAGGAAUGCCUCUUCGCGAUACAGCACUGGAUCAGUAUUAUCCAUGAGAAAUCCUUACAUACAGUCCUGUCAUCAGGCCAGUGCGUGGGCUGCCGUCAACAUCUCGGAGGAAGAGAGAAAGGAGCCCAGGUUCAAAUCCGAAACAGGAAGCCCUUCUGUGAACGCUGCUAUUUCCAACUCAGGUUCACCCCCAUGUGAGCAGCUUGCUGUACUCCAGAUUGAAGAGUAAAUACAGUGGCAGGCAGUCUCUGAGCAAAGCUAUGCUGUACAGAGGAAAUCGCAGCCAAUUCAGAGCUUCUACUUCGUGAGCAUCGGUAAAACUUUAUAAUCUUAUAUAGUUUUGGCAAAGUAGAACCUUUACUUUUAUUUUUUAAAUGAGAUAAGUGGUGCCUUGUUUGACCACCUUUCCCCUGCUAAUUUAUUUCCAAGUUAGAUUUAAUAUAUGAAAUAAAGAUAUGAUGGGAACUGUUUGAUUUACGCCUUCAUCUUAAUGCUAGUGUCUUCAGAUCCGUGUGCCGUGU